AGUUCAGCGCUUUCUGAGCGAAGAACAAAGACUGAUGGAGGAGAGGAUCCGUACGUUUACGGAACAGGAGCACAACCGGUUCGCCGAUAUGCAGCUCCAGAUCGGACGCAAUGAGGAGACCCUCUAUAGUAUACUCGAUGACAUUCAACACAAACUCAGUGGCGAACCACAUCUAGAUCAAAGUCUCGCGUUUUCCUCCAAACAACACAUGAAUAUCGUUGCAAAUGUUCACGAGUACUUUGAUUUCCUAAAUCAUGUGCUUUUCGAUGCAUUCAUUCCUUCCUUAGUCGAUGCAGAUCUGGGUCUCGACUCUUAUCUGAAUAUAAAGUCGACUCAAAACAUAACAAAUGCGAAACCAUUGGACAACAAGCAAAAGAAGUCACAACCCCUU